AAAUGAGGCAGUCAUGUCAUAUUGUGUCAUGUGGAGGAAGCAAACAAAGAGAUGUCAUUGAUAUUCGAGAGGGGGCAUUGUCUUUUUAAGGAGCCACCUUCAGGACUCAACUUCAGAGUUCAGAUGAGAAGAAGACUACUUUCUUUCUUCAUAUUCAUUCAUAUAAACGUUGCCAAAGAAGAAAGCUGAAAAUCAUCGGUCGAUCGGAAAAAGCUAUAUAUAUAUAUAUAUACAAGAAGCUGAAUAGCUGAUACGCGCCCCUCAAGGUAGAAAUGGAUUCUAAAGAACCCACGAAUCCCAAUCUGCAUGAGAAGCCCCAACUUCUUCCUUCUGAUACUACUAACUCUCAUGCAAUGACCAAAACCUCCAUAAUAGUGGAUGCAUCAAACUACAUCAGAGAGCUUAAACAGAAGGUGGAAAAUCUUCAGCAAGACAUCUCAACUUCAAGAAGUUCAACGAGUGAUGAGACCUCUUCAUGGCCUAAAGUCACAGUAAAAACCCUAGAAAAGGGCAUCUUGGUGAAUGUAUACUCAGGAAAAAGUUGCCCCGGGCUGCUUGUGUGCAUACUGGAGGCCUUUGAAGAAGUGGGUCUUAAUGUGCUUGAUGCUAGGGUUUCUUGUGAAGACAACUUUCACUUGCAAGCCAUUGGGGAAGAAAAUGAAGAAAAUGAGGACAGCAUCAAUGCCCAGGUGGUGAAACAAGCUAUUUCAGAUGCAAUAAAAAUUUGGGAAGAAAGUAGUAAUGAGCAAGGAGAGUAAUCCUAUCAUCGCAAAUUCGAUCGGCCGCGUUGCAUAUGUGAUCAUUAAUUGAUGAUGGUUUGCUAGCAGCAGUGUGCAUGUUUUGUUACUUUUAGGCUCUCUUUUUCCUUUUUCUUUUUCUUUUUUUUUAUACUUCUCAGAAGUGAUAAAAUUCCUCAAGUAAGGUUUUAAAUUUUUUGUGGAUUGGGGUACUAGUCACUUAGCUAGAUUGAAGAAAGCAAUGAUGGAUGGUCGAAGAUCACCAAUGUUGAUUUCAACUUCUCUAGAAUUAAUCCAGAGAAAAGUUCAAUAAUAAAUAAUAUGUGCUUUUGGUUAAGUGAGUACUGUUUUCUUACACCGUAUAGAUGUGUGUGCUACAUAUAUACAACAAAUGCAAGCUAAUGUGUCACUGAACAAUUAGUUCGUACUUCAUCAAUCAACCAGUCAAAAUUUCCUGCUAUUUGUUUUGAUGAUAUUAAUUAGCUACCAUGCAUUUUAUUUAGAGACCAGAAGAACUCCAAUUGCC